ACCAUUUUUUAAAGACAUUUUGUCAAGUUUUUGGAGUCCCCCUCAACGAGGUGCAAUGCCUUUGUCUGUGGACCAUCGAGCAAAUAUGGCGGCUUCGCAAUAGAUGGAAAGCUUGAGCGAGCAAAAAUGAAAUGAUUUCACUUCAGUUUUAUUGUCCACAAUCGCAUCUGCAGAAAGGAAUGGAUGUUUUCUUUUCUGAGAGCAUGUGAUUUACAUACCGUUGUCACAUGAAGAGAAGAGAUUUCCCCUGCUAUCUGUUGGUGAUUCUUUGUACAGUAUUAUCAGAAACGGUCCUUAGGACUCUUAGGAAUGUCUGGUUUGAAGGAGAGUGCCAAAGUAGAGGAGAAUGACACCUCAAUGUCAAGAAUCUCUCAGGACCUUUUGAACAGCGAGACAUUCUCUGUAGAGGGGGCUACACCAGGACCAUCAGCGCAUUGUCCUCAAGAAACCAUGGCACUACUCGAUGACCAAGGAGACCUCCUGACCAGUGUCGGGUUUAUGGACUCCAUUUGCUCAGAUGGACCAGCCAAGGCUGCUUACGUCAAUGGAUCCACCUCACCCCAUAUAUCAGAUGAAAUCUUGCUGGAUAUUUCAAAAAACGUACCAGUAUUCCUUCCCAAAUCAUUACAAGCUCAGAAUUCUGUCACAACCAACGUCCACUUUGAAGGAUCUGAUCCACUCAGAAAAGAGGGGGAAAUAACAAUCAGGCAAACGUUGACUGCGGAGGAUGUGGAGAAUAGGGGCAUAUGGGGCUUUGAUACAGAAUCUCCAGAAAGUUCAUUAGAUAAUUAUGAUGAUGGAAAUGACCUUACCUGGAAUCCCCAAAGAGAAUUUAUGAAGUUCCUGUGGGAUGAUGAUAACGGUCUUGAAAUGGAGGAAAAACUGUCUCCCGUUCCUUCACCCAUCAACCAUAAAAGAAGAGCUCCGUCACCACUCUGCCAUAAAAGAAGAAAACGUAAAGAAAAAUUGGUGUUAAAAGUCGAUCCUUCCGAGGACCUAUACUCUGAUUUGAAUUUUGAUUCAAAAAAAGAUCAUCCAGGUGAAGGAAGCCGGACAGAGUGCAGUCCUGUUAAGAAGAAACGUUCCCCAAGAAAACCAUCCAAAUUACAGUCAACCAUUGUAAAACAUACCAAGUAUUUAAAUGGAGCUGCUAAGGCAGUCAAACACCUGUUUCCCAAACCAGCCAAAAAACCUAUUAGCAAGACACAAAAGAUGGGACUGAUUAGAGAUAGUUUGCCAUCAGACUCAUGUUCUAGGGAGGAACCUUCUUUUUUUCAACGUAAUAGCAGUUUUAAAGAGAAAUCACAAGAAAACCGACAAAUUAGAUGUAAUAAAGAUACAACUAGUUCAAAGCCAUUCAUAUGUAAGGAAUGUGGGCAGUGUUAUCAUGAUCAUAGUUCGAUGUUGCAUCACAUAAGUGUUCAUCGGGACAAGCGACAUAAAAUUAUGGAAGAAAAAAAUGAGUUGCAUCAAAUUAAAGAUGAAGGUAAAGAUGCAAAGUUGCAAUGCCCCCAAUGUACCUUUGGAACUAACUGUCCGAACACCUUUGUGCAACAUGCCAAGACCCAUGAGAAGGACAAGCGGUACUAUAGUUGUAACAAGUGUGAUUUUGUUGAAAUGAAUGAAGUUGAACUGAGACGCCAUUCGCUUCAUAAACAUGGCAUCAGUGGUGCUGAUCUGACUGUUUGGAAAUCAGAUGGAUUUCAGGAGCGCAAAGUCAAUAAAUCAACAUGUCCAAAUUCCUACUCCUGUUCUGUUGAAAGAAAAACGAAAAACAUUGGAAAUCAUGUUAAGGCUUCCUGUCAAACACAGUUUAAUGAAGAACAGGCAUCCUCACAUUCCCUUGACAGCAGUGAUGAAGAACAAUCACUGACUGAACAGCCGACUUCUGUUCUUUCAUCAUGUGCAAAACCAACAGCAAAGUCACCAAAAUUGUCACGAAAGAAAAAAAUGUGGAUGCACAAAAGUGUUCAAAGCCAAUCAAAACUUGACAAAUCAAUUCACACGCUUUUAUCUAGAAAGAAACGUAAUGACCAGAGUGCCUCAGAAUGCAACACUCAUCAGGAGCCUCAGGAGUUUCUUGACAAUAAUGAGACCACAUUCUCUGAAACAGGAACUAGUUUGUCCCCCUCAAAGUGUCUGAAAAGAUCAGCUCAUUCUAAAGAUGGGAACACUAAAAGAACUUUUAAGUCUGAUGGAAACGUUACUUGUUCAGAAGAUGUUGGAAACACCAACUAUAUGCAUUUAAAUUUGGAAAAGCAAACACUGAAGAAGUCACCUUCCAAAAGGAAAAUGUCAACUCCAUUCCACAAUAUGCAGGGCCAAGAUAUUCUUUUAGAUUUCCCAAAAUCUCGACAAAAUUUCAAGAAAUCUGAAGCAUCCAAGAGGAGAAAAGUCUUUAUGAACAAUGGUGACUUUAUGUGUGAUUCUAAUGAUGAUCUUGGACCUGAAGAAUGUGAAAUCAGUAAGAAUGCUAAUGCACGUUUUGUAAGAAAACAGACUUCACCUGCAAAGGCAAGUCUUGUUGCCUCAUCUAGUCACUUUGAGAGAAAUCAUGGUUCCCCGAGGAAGUUUUCUGUCAAAGACGAACACAAGGAAGAAGAGAUCUCAGAGUCAAACUCCACUGUAAAGCGUGAACAGAACUCAGAUGUUGAGACAGAUCUGAAGGCUUGUCCGUACUGUCCUGCUGUAUUUGAGUCAGGAAUUAGCCUCUCUAAUCAUAUAAGAGGACAUUUGCACAGAGUGGGCCUGAAAGUACGCCAUGCUGUAUCUGCAGCUAAGGUGACUUCUCCUGACAAAGUACCUCCAGUUCGACGACGAACAUUGCAACAGAUCAAAACAGAGGAGGACACACCCCAGACUGAUAAUUCUGCAGAGAUGUCAACUGACUGCCAACAGACACACCUCAUCUGUCCUCUCUGUAGGGAGUGGUUUGAAACAAGGACUGGGCUGUCUAAUCAUGUACGAGGCCACCUGAAGCGACUGGGCAAACCUACUUCCACCGCGUCCAAAUCUCCAGUGAUCAUAUUGAAAGAACUGAUGCGUGACAAGAAACAGUUUCAGAUGAAACUACAGGUUCUUGAGAAGAAGUGCCGCGCCACCAAUUCUUUCCAUCCUAUUAGGUUGAAUAACGGACUAACCUUCGCAUCUACUGUCAAACGGCAUAAAGAUAAGGAUGAAAAGAAAAAGAUAGAUAUUAAUAAAGGCUCACCACCAAGUGAUCUGAUUGGAAUUUUGAAGAAAAGAAGAGCCCAUGAAGAGACCAAAGCAAAGCACUCAUCCCACACGGCGAGAAAGGCUCUCCAUUUAUCUUCAGGCAAAGACUGUGACCUGGAGAUAGAACCUUUCAAAGCAGUGCCAAAUUCACUAGCAGAGAAAAGUGAACUCAAUAGAAAAGUUUGCGUGCACUGUAACGCCACCUUCCACAGUGGUGUUAGUCUCUCCAAUCAUUUGAGGGCAUAUGCACAUAGAAAGAAAAAAGCUCUUCUGGAUGGAACCACUUAUGACUGUAAACAGAGAAAGCAAAGAUCAAGGUCUGGUUCAAAGAAGAAAACUUACCCGCUGCUGCACACUCCAGAGGAAAUCUAUACACUUACUUGCAGGUUUUGUGAUCUAGUCUUCCAAGGCCCUUUGUCAGUGCAGGAGGACUGGAUAAAGCAUUUACAGAGGCACAUUAUGAAUACCGCUGUACCGCACACAGGGGCAGGGAUGGUGGAAGUCACCUCCUUCCCCACGGACUCUUGUUCCAACACCAUACCACAGGCACAACCUUCAGUGAUGCAAACAUCCUCAUGAGCCCAGGAACACACACAAAUUGUCCUUGUAAUAUCAAUUGUGUGUAAAUUGUUUGGUUAUUUGGUUUAAAUUUUAUAUUGCCAUCAGUAAGGACUUCUGUUUUUAAUCUUAACGAGGAUCCAUUGUUAUCACAGACGGCUUUUUAGAUAUUGUUACAUUGUGCUGGUGUUGUACAUGGUCAAAGAACGUACGAAUGGUGGGUGAAUAUGUUGAGAUUUCAGUGGAACCCACCACCAAAAGACAACCUUUACCUCAGAUGCUUCUCACGUUGAGUUUAAUCUGUCAUCGCAGAUUUAUGCUCUACAAAAACUGAAAUAAUUCUGUAUGUGGAUUUUAUAACAAGCCAUUUUAAUUUGAGAACCAACACAAUUUUGUCUUUUUGUUGUCCCAUCCAUGAGCCUUGGAAGGUGCACAUAUAAGGCAUAUGUGUAAAAAUGUAAGUCUAUAUAUUUACUUGAUUCAGAAGUUUAACUCAUGCCAACACAUCAGUCCUUGUGUGAAACAUCCUGUUCUAUUGAUAUUUAGCGGUUCAGACAGUAUGCAUGUCAUAACUCCCCUGUUUACACCAUUUCCGCUCCGGUAACAUUUUGGUUUUCACUUAUUACCCUGUUUUGAUUUUAUCUUAAAUCUGUAAGUUUGCCACGUGUGCAAAAAAGAAAAAAAAAAGAAAAGAAAAGAAAAAAAAACAUUAACUGUUACUUGUGUAGGCCAUUUUUUUACAGUUCAGAUAUUUUUGUGUAUAAACCUUUUUAGGUAAUUUAUGUGAAAAAUGUAAAUCACUAUAAACAUUUUUGCUGUUCGGAAUAAAAUGUUUUUGUCGUCUUCA